AAUCGACAAUAUAAGAAACUUGAGGCGGCGAAAUGUGAACGUCCCUUUAUAAUAAGCUGCAAAUCAAAAACUUUACGCUUUGGAUCGAGUGUUAUCUUCACCGCCAAGCUUCGUCUUGAAUCUACCCAAUAUUCUACCGAGACUUCGCAAUUUUGGAUCCAAGGAUUAUUUGGGUAGGAAUGAACCCAACUGGUUAUACAGUAGAAAUUUCGAACCUGUCUCCUAAUGCUACUGAGAAGGAUGUCUAUGAUUUUUUCGCAUUCUGUGGUGCAAUUCAACAUGUUGUAAUUGUCAGGGCUGGGGAAUUUGCAUUUACAGCUUAUGUGACUUUCAAAAAUCCUCAUGCUGUGGAGACUGCUAUCCUGGUCGAUGGAGCUACCAUUUUGGAUCGACCUGUAUGCAUAACUCGAUCUGGACAUUAUGGAGGUGACCACAAUCUUUGGAAUCAUUCUUCAUUGAAGAUUGAAGAUGAAAACCAGCCAAGUCAGUCCCAAGGCCAAAAUGUUGUUCCAUCUGCUGGCAAAGCUGUGUGUUUGGCUCAAGAUGUUGUAAAAUCAGUGGCUGCUAAAGGAUAUGUGCUGGGGAAAGGUGCAUUGAACAAAGCCAAAGCCUUUGAUGAAUCUCAUCAGGUAUCUGCCACUGCAGUAGCCAAGGUUACACAAUUGAGUGAAAGAGUCGGUUUGACUGACAAGAUAGCAAUUGGGGUUCAAGCUGCUAGAGCUGCCGAUCAGAGGUACCAUAUUUCAAAUACGACAAGAUCAGUUGUCUCUGCUACAGGAAAGAGAACAGCUUCUGCAGCAAAUGCCAUGGCUAAUAGUAGUUACUUCUCUAAGGGAGCUCUUUGGUUAUCCGGUGCUCUAAGCAGAGCUUCUCAAGUUGCCGCUGAUCUUGGAGGUCGCGGUGUUGGCAAAUAGGAAUUGAGAAUUUGACGGACAGUGGUAGUCUUAUUCCGCAUAGGAAUUUGUUAGGUAUAGUUGCUGGUUGUAUGUACAAAGUUUGCGAUGAGAUUUUGCUGGUCUCAACAGUAACGAACGGGAUUUUGGGUACCUUCAGUGAUUACUCUAAUUCCAGGAAACAGUUGUUCGAUGAGCAACUCUCUAAUCCCUUCUCGGGAACGUUCUUUGUCUUGUAACCUUGUUGUGUGCAUACACAGUUACCCAUUGGAAUUAAAUUAUUAGUAUUCUUUAUGUCA